CGCGUCCCCGACGACAUUGACGAGAACCCGCACGUAGCUGUCAGUAGGAACUGCAGGCUGCUGGUGCUGGAUGUUGGAUGUAGCUCUGCUGCUGCUGCUCUGCUGUUUUGGAUAAAUUAAACAAAGAAAGAAAGUCAUUUUUUGUGUCAGAAUGAAAACUAUUUCUUGCAAGAAGGUUGCUUGAAUUUGGCGAGAAUGGUCGCAGCAAGUCCGCAUGUGUAACCGAGGUAACAGACACAUUCAGCUAAUGCUAAUGCUAAUAGCCACAUUAGGCUAAAACAAGCUAACUUAGCUAGCAGGUAGCUUAGCAACUAGCUAGCUCCGUCAGCUCUUCCAGGUCCUCUCUCCGUUCAGAGGUUCCUGCUCUCCGGUGUGUCGGUCAUUUGUCGUGUUUUCACUUCACGGAGAGGAGGUUGUUGAACCGGAGCUGUGGCGGGGGGAUCGUACGGAUAGGAACCCCCCUGGCUGGCUGUCCUGUCCAAGCUCCAGGCGGACGGAUCACACUGACACGCCGGUCCCGGGAGAGAUCAGAGUGGAACCAUGGCCGAACUCUACUCCCUAUCCCCAUCACCCCCUGCAUUGGGUGAUCCUCAUGCAGCUCUAUCCAUCCCUCCAUCCUCAUCAGUGCACCCUGCUACAAACAGCCCUGCUCCAGAGUCUGCCAGGGAGAUGCCCACACCCAAGUCUUCACUCUAUAAUGACAAAUCGUUGACUGGAAACACUUCUGCAGCACCGUCAGGGGGUUCACCCAUGACUCCCCACCCACCCAUGAUUCCUCCCAAACCCACUGCUGAGACCCCCCUCACAUUAUUGGUACAAGAGGCUGCUCCACAGAGAGAGGAAUCAGCAGGGAAAGAUGCAGAGACUGGAGCUCAUGUUAUUCAGCAGGAAACGAUGAUCAGUGACCCACCAGCUGCACAGCUCUUGAAUACUGAAACAGAGACCACAGCACUGUCAAGCGAGCCAUCAGCUCAGAGCGAAGUGCAACCGGCAUCCCCCUCUACUGAGGUCAAUCCUGGUCCUAAUCUAUACCCCAAUGUGCAUGUCACACACAACACAAAUCCUGUCAUGGAUGAGGGUCAAUUUACAGCAGGCCAACCCCAAAUCACUGCAGCUUCCAUUCCCACUCCCACUCCCACUCCCACUCCCACUCCCACUCUCACUCCCACUCCCACUCUCACUCUCACUCCCACUCCCAUUCCCACUCCCACGCCUGCUCCUCCAGCAUCCACUGAUACGGCAGCAUCAGCAACAGUCGAAGAGGAGAAACAUCAGCCACUUCAACAAGCACAAGUCCUUCAAAGUCAGCCUGCUCCUCCUCCUCCUCCUCUCUCCCCAAAGCCUGACAUUCACAGUGAAGCAAUGAAAGCAGCGCUGCCCAACACCCCUACCAGAGCCGAGCACCACAGCCCUACUGUCCCACUGAUUCAAGAGCCGGCCUUCCCGCUGCCCUACCCCAGAUCCCGGCCGGCCCCUGACACGCUCAGCUAUCUGGAGUCAGCCAGCCUGAUGUCGGGGACGUUGGAGUCUCUAUCUGGGCUUGGAGAGGACGGCAGCUCUAUUGGCUCAGACUCAGAGAUCAAUGGCAUGACUGUCAGACGCACUGAUAAAUAUGGCUUCCUUGGUGGGAAUCAGUACAGUGACACCGGUGAAAAGGACCUUCGAGUGGAAGUGGCCAGACAGAGGGAGGUAAAAUGGCUUGACAUGUUCCACCACUGGGAUAAAUGGGUCAAGCAUCGCUUCCAGAAGGUGAAGAUGCGCUGCAGGAAGGGGAUUCCAUCUUCUCUCAGAGCCAAAGCCUGGCAGCUGCUGUCCAACAGCCAGGAGCUCCUGGACGCCAACCCUGGAAAAUUUGAGGAGCUGGAGAGAGAGCCGGGAGAAGCUAAAUGGCUGGACAUUAUAGAGAAGGAUCUCCACAGACAGUUCCCCUUCCAUGAGAUGUUCGCUGCUCGCGGUGGCCACGGACAACAGGAUCUGUACCGGAUCCUGAAGGCCUACACCAUCUACCGGCCUGACGAGGGCUACUGCCAGGCCCAGGCUCCAGUGGCUGCAGUGCUGCUCAUGCAUAUGCCUGCUGAGCAAGCUUUUUGGUCCCUCGUCCAGAUAUGUGAGAAGUACCUUCCCGGCUACUACAGCGCUGGAUUGGAAGCGAUCCAGCUGGAUGGCGAGAUCUUCUUCUCCCUGCUGCGGCGUACGUGUCCGAUGGCGUACCGCCAUCUUAAGAAGUUCAAGAUUGACCCGAUUCUCUACAUGACUGAGUGGUUCAUGUGCAUCUUCUCACGCACCUUACCCUGGGCCAGUGUGCUGCGCGUAUGGGACAUGUUCUUCUGUGAAGGGGUGAAGAUAGUGUUUCGUGUGGGCCUGGUGCUUCUGAAACAGAUGCUCGGCUCUGUGGAUAAACUUCGGGAACUACAGGGCAUGUAUGAAACCAUGGAGCGUCUAAGGAACAUCUCACCUGAUGCUAUCAGAGAGGACAUCUUGGUACAAGAGAUCAUCAUUCUCCCGGUGACGGAGUCACUCAUAGAGAGGGAGUGCAACAUCCAGGUGAGGAAGUGGAGGGAGUCCAGAGGGGAGCUGACUCACCAGCCAGGCCGCCGCCUCCACGGUACGAGGGCCAUCUUCGAGUACAAACGCCGCGCUGCCUCCAUCAGCUCUGGCGGCAGCUUCUCUUUCUUGGGUACUUCGAUCCCUCCGCCAGGACCCCUCAGGGCCUCCUCCAGCCUCCUCUCACUUCCUGGCUUCCGCAGGUCCAAGGCUCCUUUCCACUCCCACACCAAGAAGGGCUCCUUCUCGGGGCCUUCAGGGAUGGAGGGCCUGACGCAGCAGUCCCGACCUGCUAUGACAUCAAGCCCAGAACGAGGCCCCAUCCAUAAACCACCUAUGCCUCCAGGGGCAGGUCAGAGGGCACCAACACCCCAGAUUCGGAGCCCCUUAGUCGCGGGUGCGGCUGGCUCAUCACGUGGUCCUGCUCAGGCCUCAGAAGUCGACUCGGCACAGGGCCAGCCUCCUGCUGCGGCCCCAACAACACAAAGCACAGCACCGCCGCCCAGCAUGCUAUCCCCCUCCCCUAAGAUCGUCUCUGAGAAAAUCACUCCCACUCUCCCGUCUCCUACGGCAAACAACGCACCUCUGCCGCCAGUUACAGAUUCGAAAAAAGAAGUGGCGCCGGCGGCUGAUGCCACAACCGGAGAGGAAGAGGUGGUGAAGAAGAAGAAGAAGAGCAAAGAAGACAAGAAGAAGGAAAGGGAAGACGAGAAGAAAAAAAUGAAGGAAAAGAAAGAAAAUGACAAGGCUGAAAGAGAGAGGCUGAGGAAGGAGAAAGAGAGGCUAGAAAAAGAGAAGAAGAAAGGGGGGAAGAAAAAGGACAAAGGGGGAGGAGAAGCUGAGGACAAAAAUGGAGCUGCAGCAGCGAGAGAUUCGGCCUAGUUUCCACCCCGUCAUUCCAGGAUAAUGAAAAGGGACGCUGAACAAAAAAAGAGGUCAGGGGAACAAAAGACCCCCAGACACAGAAAGAGUGAUUAAUAAAAAAAAAAUGGGAUAGCUUCCUGUAUAACGCAUCAUUUCAAAGACGUAAUGUAGUCCCGGGACUAUGGUGGAGAAAACUGGAUCAUGGUUUUAAUAGCACUUCGGUGGGCUUUUUGCCCCUCGCUCAAUGAUUUCUUUUUCACCAAGUUUUAGCAAGAUGGGACAAAUUUCCUUUUUCAACUGGAGCAUGGACUGUGAAUUAUUACAGGUUACAGUCAUUAUCUCUUUUAGUUUUUUAAUUCUUUUUGUUUUCAUUUUUUUAUUAUUUUAAUCAGAUUGAUGACAGUGGUUAGACUCAAAGGAUUGUUGAACUGAAGGUUUGCAGAAGUAGUUCUGGUGCCAUAGAGUAUGUAAAUAAGAAGUGUAGCUACAGUACAUAGGAUCCUGUUAGCACUCCACAUGCCCCGUCAUUUCUCGUCUGUUGACAAGUGACAAAAAGAAAACCCUUCGAAGUCGUCUCAAACACAGGCACUGAAGGCAGAAAUGCUAGUAAUGUUGUUGAGGAUGUAUUUAUUGUCAUGUUAAAUGUUGUGAGUGAGUGUGUGCCUUAGUAGUGUAGUGAAAUGUGUUACUGUUCUCUGUGUGGCCUCCCUGUUUGCAGUCUGUUCGUUUUCUCUCAAGUCAAACCAUUUAAUCCCGAGUGGUUCUCCCCAAAUUCUUCUGGAAUAAAUCUGAAGGGGGAAAUGGACACAGAAGAAAAGAGAGAGACAAUUAAGAAUACAACCAGACAUCAUGAGGUGUGUUUUGACAAAAGAACACACAGGGAGCGUUUUAUUGUUUUUAUUUCAAUAUCUUGUGUCUGAGGUUGAUUUUUGCAAAAAAGCAGGGGCAACAUUAUUGAUAAACUGGUUGCAUGAAAACCUGCAGUACCCAGCAGAGACUGUGCACGAGUCCUGCAGACCAAAUCUGUAAAAUUAGUAUUAUUUUGACAAACAAAAUCCUACAUGUGUAUUUUUUAUUUAGCCAAAUUUCAGCAUGGGUGAGAAGAACCCAUUAGAAUGUGAUUUCAAGUAUCUUAAAGAAAAUGAAGGAUGAUUUUUGCACUUGUGAUUUCGUCACAAAGUACCACUGAAGUCGACCACUCCGUUAGUGUUGUGACGUAGAAAACGCGAUUCUCAACAGGCCGGUGUCGUAGUUUGAAGUCUGCCUGGAGGACCUAUUGGAAGCCACUUGACUGGAGGUGCCAGGUGUGCCAAUGUAGCAUUAACCUCUGAUCUCUGACCUUCGGGCUCUGGUGUAUUUAUGUACAAAGUGGUUAAUUUAAUCAAAUAUAGUAUAUUAUGAAUUAUUAUUAUUAUUAUUUUGGAUCUGACUAUUUUUCUAUGUGAGUAAGACACCUGGUUGACUGGAACGAUGGCCGACUACACACUGUGUAGCUGCAGGGGGAUCAUUUAAGUGUUUAAUUUCUUUUCUUUGCACGCCAAGUCCUCUGCUUUUACACAACAAACUUGAUGCAUGUCUUUUUGCUAUUAUUUAAGUUUACUGUCACUGUUGGUUUGGUCAACUAAAGGUUCACGAGUCUCCAGUUUACUGAAGUGUAGGGCUGCAACUAACAAUUAUUUUCAUUGUCGAAUAAUCUGUCAACUAUUUUCUUGAUUAAUUGGAUUAGUCGUUUGGUCUAUAAAAUAUCAGAAAAUGGUAAAAAAAAAAAAAAAAAAAAGUGUUUCACAAAGCCUGAGAUGAUGUAUUCAAAUGUCAUGUUUUGUCCACAACUCAAAGAUAUUCAGUUUACUGUCAUAGAGAAGUAAAGAAACCAGAAAAUAUUCACAUUUAAGAAGCUGGAAUCAGAGAAUUUUUACUUUUUUUUUCUUAAACAAUUACUCAAACCGAUUAAUCGAUUAUCAAAAUAGCUGGCGAUUUAAUUUAAUAAUCGAUUAAUGGUUGCAGCUCUACUGAAGUGCAGUAUUAAAUUGACUGAGUGGAAAAAUGGGCCUCCGACAGAACAAACAGCAAGUGAUUCAGACAGAACGUUUGGAAGUUGAAGGUCUUAAUCGUACUGUUUAAUAUACUAAGAGGUGAUUUAUGAGCUUUGAAUAGUUCUUUAAUUCGACAUCUUGAGUGUGUCUGUCUCACCAAGUUGUGUUCAUGAUGACUAAUAACUCCCUAACCUAUUUACACUCAGUGUUCUGUACUGUUAACAUAUUUAUGCAUACAUUAAACUGCACUGAACCCCAUCAGUAUACGAUGAAUAGUGCCAGGUAGUUAGUGUAAAACCAUUUGAUGGCAAAAAAAAACAUUGAUGCUCUUUAACUGUACUGUUUUUGUAGUUAAGGAUUAGAGGGACUUUCGUGUAAUUGUAGCCAACAUGUCCUGCAUUUUCAUUGUUUUUCACAAGUCUUUACAUGGCUGUCAUUCAAAUAUAGAAAUAUCACUCCCUCCCACAGAUUAGUGUUAGUGAGGAUAACCUGAACACAUCUAUGCAAACCAUCCUCCAUCAUGACUGUUGAUGGUGACAGCAGCACUGAUUUCACCUCUGAUCGGUGCCGUGGGAGAAAAUGGAUGUUGUGCUUUUUCUGAGCACACUUUCACGCCCGUGGACGACAAUAGUUUAUGAGCAAUAGGUCCUCACAGCUCAUGUCUUGAUGUCUCUUAUUUCAGAGGGCUUAAGCCGCCGUGAUGAUCAAAUUAAUAAUCUCUCUAGUUUAUGGAAUCGGCACUGCAAUACUGAGGACGAAUCCGUUUUUGUCAGGUCCUUUGUGCAUUUCUGCAUCGAUCCUGCAAUCGUUCCUCUUGAUUGCAGUUGAUUGGGAGUGACUACCCACUAAUGCAAAUAUUUGAAGAAGCGUUUCAGCUGUUUUUUUCUCCCCCCCAUGCCGUUACAUCUUUUUGUGUUUUUUAAGUUUACAUUGUCACUCUCUCUGGCGAAAGUGAAAUAAAAUCAUAUAGCUAAUUGAAUUCAUUCCUUCAGAUCUACAACUGAUGUAUUUAAUUGAUGAUGAUAAUGACAUUUGUGAUGAGUAAUAAACCAUAAUAUAUUAAAUCAUCAUGGUGUUUUUGUCUUUGUCGGUGUUUGAAAUGUGUAUAUUAAGACAUGUCUUCUUAUGCAACUGUUAUUCUUGGAAACAUUAUGAAUUUGGCUGAAUUUAAAUAACCAGCAUUUAUUUUUAACCAGCUGUCACUGCUAUAAUAGAAGUGGUCAUUUAUUUACAGUUGUGCCAAAGAACAUAUAUUGCCAAGAAGUGAAAGCCAAUAGUUUGUUCCAUUGCAACAUCAACACCUAGCAGCAAAGCUAAGCUUCUGCCAUUUUGGACUGAAAGCGACAACUGGACGUCAGUAAAACGUCCACCUACAAAGUGCAGUACAAAAGUAUAACUAAAUUAUUUCUAUUCUAUUGUCAUAUUCAAUGUCUCUACUGAAAUGGCCUGUGUUGAACAAUAAAAAUAUUAUAAAUAUAA